AUGGCCCCUCGUCGACAAGCUGCACCAGAAGGAAGCAUGCCUCCUCCCAGUCGACCAUCAAGUCCAAGUGGUGAAGACAUCGAAGAGGCAAGGUUGUUUGCAACGCCAUUCUUUGAUAAUGUGGAUGAAUUGCAGCAAUAUGGCAUAAACGUGCAAGAUAUCUUAAAACUCAAGAGUGCCUCAAUCAAUACUGUGUCUGGUGUCGUGAUGACUACGCGUCGUCAAUUACUGAAAAUAAAGGGUAUGUCGGAAGCGAAGGUUGAGAAGAUCAAGGAGGCAGCACAGAAAAUCGCGGGAUCUUCCUUUGCAACUGGUAUUGAAGUCCAGGAUCGAAGAAAGCGCGUGCUUGUCAUCAGUACUGGAAGCAAGUCGGUAGACACAAUCUUAGGUGGUGGGCUGAUGUCACAGUCAAUUUCCGAAGUCUACGGUGAAUUUCGCACUGGAAAGACACAGCUGGCCCACACAAUGUCUGUUGUCACUCAACUCCCUCCGGAGAUGGGUGGGGCCUCUGGCAAAGUGAGCAAAUCUUUCUUCUGCAAUCAAGGCAAAUCCAAUGUGAAAACCAGGUCGCAUAUAUCGAUACCGAAGGUGCAGUGGUUAUUAUUUUACGAGCGACAACCUAUCACCGACGCUCUUCUUGUAUUAGGGACAUUCAGACCAGAUCGCAUCAGGUCCAUCGCUGACCGGUUUGGUGUGGACGGGAAUAUGGCGCUCGAAAAUAUCCUUUAUGCGCGCGCCUUCAACAGUGAACACCAGAUGGAACUCAUCAGCGAAUGCUCCAUGCGCUUUGCGGAGGACAAAGACUUCCGUCUUCUAAUCGUAGACUCCAUUAUGGCUCUCUUUCGCGUCGAUUUUUCUGGUCGUGGCGAACUCAGCGAAAGGCAACAGAAGCUAGCACAAGUGAUGUCGAAGCUCACUAAGCUUUCAGAAGAAUUCAACAUUGCUGUUUUGAUAACCAACCAAGUACAAUCCGACCCAGGAGCAACAAUGACGUUCGUGGCUGGCGGGGCUCUCAAACCCAUCGGCGGACAUAUUUUAUCGCACUCCUCAGCUACUCGGAUGUUCCUUCGCAAAGGCAAGUCACUAGCGCCUACCGUGGGACGGGCUGAAGAACGUGUCGCGAAGCUGGUGGACAGCCCCGACCGCCCUGAGAGCGAGGCCUCUUACAAGCUGGACGAAGGUGGAUGGACCGAUAUAUGAUCUUCUUCGUGCUUACUAGCUGCUCUUGGACUUUUGCUCGACUCUGGACCUAUUAGUCGAUCCUUAAGAUGGAUCAUGUUUUAAUCUGCCUUGUACUUCUAGAGUGUUGCACAUGUGUUGCUGCCGACGUCUCGAAAUAAAUUAAAUUUAGACCAA